AUGUCCUUGACUGUCAAGGUUUCUUGUGAUGUGAACGCUCCCAUGGAAGUGCUGUGGGAGACCCUUUGUGAUGUGAAGAAUCGGCCGACCUUUGUGAGCCGGGUUACCAAGGUGGAGUUCAAGAAACGCAGCAAGAACCAUGGGCUGGUGACAAUCCACCCCGAGGAAUUCGUCCAUCAAGAGGGAAGUCUCUGGGUGGUAGAGUCUUUGUUCCAAGGGAAAACCUUUCGCAGUAUCGACUCUAUCACAUCCAUGAGAAAACCCAAUACUAGUGAUAAUGAUAAGACUGCUUCGGUACAAAUCAGUUCCCAGUUUCUCGACAAGAGAUUCUCCACCCGAAACAGAGCAGUCCACAUUGGAACUUUCACCAUAGAGGCUUUGAACGAGAAACGAUGUCGGCUUCAUGGAUCUCUGGGGUUCCUGCCGGGUGGAUGUUGGGGUGCCUUGGAUCUGUGGAUGCGAAAACGCCAAAUUCAAAAAUUAGCUCCCCUCUGGAUGCGAGAAUAUCUCACGGAGUUUGCUACCGAAGCGGAAAAGAGAAGUGGCAAACAGUAG